GGGUAGUAGUAACUUAUGAGCCUCCUACGGUGUCGUACUCGCUGCUCUGCUCACUUUGAAUCACCCCAUCAUGUCUACCAACACUACGGGAUCCGGAACCACGCCCUCGCGCGGUAACACCGCCGGUGCCGGCGUCGGCCACUCUAUCCGGGGCGCUUUCCAGACAGUCUCAGGCAUCGGUGACAGCAUCCGCGGCAACGCCAUGGACUUCGUCGACUCAGCAUUGGGCACCGAAAAGCAUCACCCCGAGAGCGACAUCGGCCGCGCCAAGACGGAGGCCGCCGUGAAUCGCAUGGAGGCCGGAGGGCACGCUGCGAGCCAUCCCAAGGACACUGCUGUCAGCUCGUCUGCUGCGAAUCCCGCCCCUACAACUGGCACGACGGCGGACUCUACGACGAUGCAACCUUCCACGGCGACGUCGACUGCCCAGCCUCCACUUCCCAAUCGUAACUUGUAGAGCGGUAUCAGACGGUCGGUUCGACGACCCAAGAUGAAGUCAUAGUUUACGAAGCUGGAGUGGAUCUGACCAUAAAUUGUAUAUUACUUGCAAGCAUCCCGAAAUCCCGCGGAUCACCCGGAGCGAGCUUGUUCUCGUCUCCGUGAUCAUGUCGUGGGGCACACAGAAUAUAUAUACG